CGUCGUCCGUUUCGCCGUUACGCCGUUAAAAAGCCCCCUUUCUCUUCGCCUAGGUUUUAUCUCUCUCGCUUUUGAGUUCGAACCUCGAUUCUCUCCCGGAUUCCAUCGAUUCGGCGAUGAGCAGCAAUUGCAUGGACCAGAUCCUCGAGGAGGCCUUCAAGAUCGGCGGCCGCGACAAGAAGGGCCGCUGUGUCCUCCGCAUCGUCGGAAAAUUCUUCCCUGCGAGGGAACUGAUUGCCGACGGAGGCAUGGAGUCGCUGAGGAGCUUCCUGGAGAGGAGGGUGUUCCCGGCGCUCGGCGGGGCGCCAUUCGUGGUGGUGUAUAUGCACGCUCACGCGCAGAGGGCCGAGAACUACCCCGGCUUAUCGGCGCUUCGAUCUGUCUACGAGGCGCUUCCUGCUGACGUCCGCGACGGGAUCCGCGCCGUCUACUUCGUCCACCCUGGCCUUCAGGCCCGCAUCUUCUUCGCCACCUUCGGACGUUUCUUCUUCAGCGCAGGCUUGUACGGGAAGCUUCGGUACGUGAGCCGGCUGGAGUUCCUGUGGCAGCACAUCCGGCGAAGGGAAGUGGAGGUCCCGGAGUUCGUGCAGGACCACGACGACGAGCUCGAGCACCGGCCGCUCAUGGACUACGGCCUCGUGGAGAGCGACCGCCACCAUCGGGCCUUCGACGCGCCCGCCAUGGACACCGCUGCCUCCAUGCACUCCCUCCGAUGCAUCUCUUAGCAUAGCCGGCCGUAGCAGGAUCGCCGCUGGCGAUGUGUUGCAGACAAGCCUCAAGUGUAGAUAAACGCGUCCUUUGUUUCGAUUGAUGUUCGUAAUGAUCCAGAAAAGGUUCUUCUCGUAGUAAUUUUGAUUAGUUUUCCAGAAAUUUUUCUCUGUAUUUUUUUAACCUUCAAUCAGAUGGCAGCGUCAACUUAGAUAUGUCAAUUUAAAACAAAAGAGAAAAAUAUUUAAUCUGUUUAAUUUUUAUAUAAAUCCUAAAAUGCAUGUGAUGCAAUUUAAUUU